AUGUCUGACGAAGCCUUCGCUAAUUCAGAGAAACUCUUUCGCGACGCUUUCGCCCUCUCCGAUCCAGCCGCGGAGCUAUUGAAUCUACUCAAAGCACAUCCCUCAUACCCUGCCGUGGUCGAUCUUUUGGUCUACUACACAGACGUGGUCGAAGAAAAUCCUUCUCGCGCAAAGGCAUUGGCAUCCGCCUUGGUAGUAGUCCGCGACUCCCCAGACGCGCCCAUCAUUGGGGACGCCACCCUCGCCGAAUACUUCAAUCGCAAACUCGCUGACCUGCACUCUCGCGGGCUCGAGAUGAGCGACGACACCGAGACAUUUGGCCCAACCAACACCUACCUAGCCGCCUCCCUUCUCUCCGGAUUCUCCUUAAAAUACGGCUUAACUUCAUCUUCUGAUCAGUACGCAAGUAUCGUCGAAAGCCUUGAUGCCAGUGACAAUUCGUCGACCUCCGAAGUCAUUGUCAUCGGGGCAUGCAUCCAGCUCCUGACAAAUGGUUCCGGAAUAAUUCCAGCAGCCACAUCAUAUAUCAAAUCGGCGAAUGAAGUCGCUGCUAAACUCAAAGCUCAAAAAUCCGCGGGGACGGUGAAAGAUUCGAAUGCCCUCGCUGUCCUGGAGCUUGCUAUAUCCCAUGCUGAGAGCGGGUUCAAGAAAGAAAACGAUAUUGAUAACGUGUGGGAGCUCCUUUUCCCAUUACCAACAUAA